UCUGCACGUGCCUGUUUAGGAGUCGAGUGUUAGUGAUGAACCACAGGAAACGGAACACUAUCCACUUGUCCACAGCGAGACUCCAUCUCCUUAGCCACCCUCUGCGUUCAUUAUCUUGUGUCUGUGGUUGGGACGACUCUGGGAUGCCGAUGCUUUAUGGAAUACUGUCGAAACGGUAGGAAUACCAUCGAGAAGAAGCAGGAAACAUGAGCGUGGAGGCGUACGGGCCGAGCUCGCAGACCCUGACGUUCCUGGACUCCGAGGAGUCGGAGCUGCUGGGAGCGGACACCCAGGGCUCCGAGUACGACUUCACCGAUUUUACCUUGCCCAGCCAGACGCAAACGCAGGGCCAGACCCACGGCCAGUUGGAUAACCAGGUCAACGGUUCGGAUGUUGUGCUGCAGAAUGGAGAUGACCCUGUGGGGAAAGCCAGCCAGCUCCUUGCAGAAUUAAACUUUGAAGAAGAUGAAGAGGAUGCUUACUACAGCAAGGACCUCCCAUUGCAUGCCUGCUGUUACUGUGGAAUUCAUGAUCCAGCCUGUGUGGUCUACUGCAACACCAGCAAGAAAUGGUUCUGUAACGGCCGUGGAAAUACAUCCGGCAGCCAUAUCGUGAACCACCUGGUGAGGGCCAAGUCCAAGGAGGUGACCCUGCACAAAGAUGGCCCUCUGGGAGAGACGGUGUUGGAGUGCUACAACUGUGGCUGCCGCAACGUUUUCUUGCUGGGCUUCAUCCCAGCCAAGGCCGACUCAGUGGUGGUGUUGCUGUGCAGACAACCGUGUGCUAGUCAGAGUAGCCUGAAGGACAUUAACUGGGACAGCUCCCAGUGGCAGCCACUCAUCCAGGACCGCUGCUUCCUGUCUUGGCUGGUUAAAAUCCCUUCAGAACAGGAGCAGCUCCGGGCCCGGCAGAUCACCGCCCAGCAGAUCAAUAAGCUGGAGGAGCUGUGGAAGGAAAAUCCCACUGCUACUCUGGAGGACCUGGAGAAGCCCGGAGUGGACGAGGAGCCACAGCAUGUCCUCCUGCGUUACGAGGACGCCUAUCAGUACCAGAAUAUCUUUGGUCCUCUUGUAAAGCUGGAGGCUGACUAUGAUAAGAAACUGAAAGAGUCACAGACUCAAGAAAAUAUAACGAUUAGAUGGGACCUGGGCCUGAAUAAAAAAAGGAUUGCUUAUUUCACCCUUCCCAAGACUGACUCUGAUAUGCGACUGAUGCAGGGUGAUGAAAUCUGCCUCAGAUAUAAAGGAGACCUGGCCCCUCCAUGGAAAGGCAUUGGACAUGUCAUCAAAGUUCCUGACAACUAUGGCGAUGAGAUUGCCAUUGAGCUUCGGAGUAGUGCCGGAGCUCCGGUGGAGAUCCCUCAUAACUUCCAGGUGGACUUUGUGUGGAAGUCCACCUCCUUUGACAGGAUGCAGAGCGCCCUGAAAACAUUUGCUGUGGAUGAGACUUCAGUUUCUGGCUACAUCUAUCACAAGUUGCUGGGACACGAGGUGGAGGACGUGCUCAUUAAGUGCCAGCUGCCUAAACGCUUCACUGUUCAAGGCCUGCCUGACCUCAACCACUCUCAGGUCUAUGCUGUGAAGACAGUGUUGCAACGGCCCCUCAGUCUGAUCCAGGGCCCCCCCGGCACAGGGAAGACGGUCACCUCAGCCACCAUAGUGUACCAUCUGGCUAGGCAGGGAACCGGACCAGUGCUGGUGUGUGCUCCCAGUAACAUUGCUGUUGAUCAGCUGACUGAGAAGAUUCACCAGACGGGGCUGAAGGUAGUGAGACUUUGUGCCAAAAGCAGGGAAGCCAUAGAUUCUCCGGUGUCCUUCCUGGCUCUGCACAACCAGAUCCGGAACAUGGAAAGUUUCUCUCUGGUUGAUGUGGGCAGCAUGCCGGAGCUGCAGAAACUCCAGCAGCUGAAGGAUGAGACUGGAGAGCUGUCGUCCUCUGACGAGAAGCGCUACAGAGCUCUGAGACGCACUGCUGAGCGGGAGCUGCUCAUGAAUGCCGAUGUGAUCUGCUGCACAUGUGUUGGAGCAGGAGAUCCCCGUCUGGCUAAAAUGCAGUUCCGAUCGAUCUUGAUUGAUGAAAGCACUCAGGCCACAGAACCAGAGUGCAUGGUGCCGGUUGUCCUUGGGACCAAACAGCUGAUUCUGGUGGGGGAUCACUGCCAGCUGGGGCCUGUGGUGAUGUGUAAGAAGGCAGCAAAAGCAGGCCUGUCCCAGUCUCUCUUUGAGCGCCUUGUGGUUCUGGGCAUCAGGCCCAUCCGUCUGCAAGUCCAGUACCGCAUGCACCCGGCCCUCAGCGCCUUCCCCUCCAACAUCUUCUAUGAGGGCUCCUUGCAGAAUGGAGUUACUGCUGCUGAUCGGGUGAAAAAAGGCUUUGAUUUCCAGUGGCCACAGCCAGACAAGCCCAUGUUCUUCUAUGUCACCCAAGGCCAAGAGGAGAUAGCGAGCUCUGGAACAUCCUAUCUGAACAGAACUGAGGCUGCCAAUGUGGAGAAAAUAACCACAAGGUUACUGAAAGCUGGGGCUAAACCCGACCAAAUAGGCAUCAUCACUCCCUAUGAAGGACAGCGGUCCUACCUGGUCCAGUACAUGCAGUUCAGUGGCUCCCUUCAUACCAAGCUCUACCAGGAAGUGGAAAUUGCCAGUGUGGAUGCUUUCCAAGGCAGAGAGAAAGAUUUCAUCAUCCUUUCCUGUGUGAGAGCCAAUGAGCACCAGGGCAUUGGCUUCCUCAAUGACCCCAGACGUCUCAACGUGGCGCUCACCAGGGCCCGAUAUGGAGUGAUCAUUGUGGGGAAUCCGAAGGCCCUGUCCAAGCAGCCUCUGUGGAACCACCUGCUCAACUACUACAAGGAGCAGAAGGUUCUGGUAGAAGGCCCGUUAAACAACCUGAGAGAGAGCCUCAUGCAGUUCAACAAGCCACGGAAGCUGGUCAACGCCAUUAACCCGGGUGGCCGCUUCAUGAGCACAGCCAUGUAUGAUGCCAGGGAGGCUCUGAUUCCUGGCUCUGUUUAUGACCGCAGCAGCAACGGCCGACCUUCCAACAUGUAUUUCCAGACUCAUGAUCAGAUCGGUAUGAUCGGUUCCGGACCCGGUCCAAUGUCGUCCUUGAACCUUCCUAUUCCCUUCAACCUUAUGAUGCCUCCUAUCCCUCCACCUGGUUAUUUAGGACAGCUAAACGGCCCCUCUGCAGGUCGUGGUGGAAGCAUGAAGAAUAAAUCAGCCAACACAUGCGGCAGUGGAACUCGAGGUGCUCGUCAAAGAAACCGUGGAGAUGUGGGAAUAGACGGAGGUCACAUGACUGGCAGCCAGGCUAGCCAGGACCAGGGCUCCCAGCCGUUCUCCCAGGGGCCCCUCACACAAGGCUACAUCAGCAUGAGUCAGCCCUCCCAGAUGAGCCAGCCCGUGCUCUCCCAGCCUGAACUCUCACAGGACAGUUACCUAGGAGAUGAAUUCAAGUCCCAGUUUGAUGUGGCUCUGUCCCAGGACUCCACAUACCAGGGCGAACGGGCCUACCAACAUGGAGUGACUGGACUGUCCCAGUACUAGAAUGUUGCUGGAACAGAAACCUGCCUGAAGUUUGGUUUGUUCGUAUUUUAAUCCGGGUAAUAGAAAAGGAACAAACAUGGAUACCCGUUUUCCAGUGCUGCAACCGAAGCACCGCUUCAGUGUGAGAGAGGAGGAGACCGUGAGAAACCAACCAAUCACAAGAGUGAGAGCAAAAAUGGGAGUAGAGCUGGACGGGAGGAGAAGGAGGCUGGCAAGGCACGAGGAAGUACGGCUGGCUGCACACAGGUGAAGACGUACAGAAAGGAAGCCAGCGUCCUCAGAGCAGCGAGGUCCGUCAACUGGUCAGGGAGUGGGACAGGUCUAGAUGAUGGUGGACAGGUGUGAAGGGGACAGUUAUGUCAUUGUGUCCCAAAGCCUCUGAAGUCCUCCAUGAGAGGAUUUGGAAUCUUGCUCCAAAAGCUGAAAAUGGUGGAGAAGAUCUGUCUCACACUAAACUCCUCCAACAUGGGAUCUUCUGGGAAGUGGAGCGAGACAAAAUAAAUGGAGACAUAACUCCAGAAGCAGUCGUUAUGGCAACUCUUUUAAACCCAACACUUGAAACAAAGCAUCUAGAAGAAAUAUUUAGCAUUUCAAGUGGGCUCAAAAGUGUUUGUGCUGCUGUGCUGCAAAGUUGUGACCUUUUAAGACUGAACACACACACGGGUCACCUGUUUUAUUUCCUUAACUUUGAGAAAUCUUACAGCUUCCUGACUAAGUGUGUUCAGAGAUGUUUGCUAGUGUACCUUGCCAUGUUUCAGAGCAUGUCUGCUUAAGAACAGGUGGUUAUAUUAGAAUUGAAUUUAAAAAAAAACAAUAAUUUCAGAUCUUAGUAAUACAAAAAUAGGCACCAUAAAUGUCUUGUAAAUGUUUGGAAGUGUCAUGUUUUUCCUCUGGUUAAACUUAGUAAAGCUUAGAGCUCCUAAUGAUUUUUCUGUUAAACCAAAUUAAGCGAGCUGAACUUUACUGAGAUAUGUCUCGCGCCAAAAUCCAUGCAGUGAGGUUUCCACAGUUAAAGGUCCUGAAUAGGAGAACAGCAUGAGGACAUGUAGGGGAAAAAGUGAGGACAAAUUUUCUUUCACGCUUUUAAACGUAAACCUGACUUUAAAUAAACAAUAUUGCAAAGUCUUCAAACUUCAUUUUUUACCAUAACAAACUUGUUCAGCAUUAAAGCUGCAGAAUGUAACUUUUAUUUUUAAAAAAAGUUUUUUUUUUACAUAUUUGUUAAAACUAUCACUAA